AUGAUUAAUUAUUGUUGUUAUGACUGUUUAAAACUUGAACCCGAAAAUUUACCAAUUUUGUUGACAGAAUCGGUUCAUAACACAACACAAUCAAGACAGAAAAUAUGUCAACUCUCUAUUGAAACGUUUAAUUUUUCACAUUUUUGUCUAAUUUCGCAACCAGUCUUAUCUUUGUUGUCGACUGGAAAGAGCACUGGUUUUUGUGUUGAAUCUGGUCAUGGAGUUACUCAAUUUGUGCCUGUUUAUGAAGGUUCAAAGGUGCAAGUUGGUGUGUCGCGUUUAGAACUUGCUGGACAAGAUGUAAACGACUCACUUGAGAAAUUUGCAAACACAAAUGGAUUCACCUUCAAAGAUUACUUAGAAAAGGAAACUUUGGCUGAUUUGAAAGAAAAACUUUGUUAUGUUGCUCAGAAUUAUGAAGAAGAAAAGAAAAAAGACGCAAACAAACUGGAUAAAACUUUCAACCUCCCAGAUGGAAAAGAAAUCAAACUUGGUGUUGAGAGAUUUGAAUGUGCUGAACAAUUGUUUGAACCAGAAACAUGUGGAAAGGAAAUAGAUGGUAUUAUUGAUCGAGCUAAUGAUAUGCUCAUGCACGUUGAUCCAGAUGUGAGAAAUGAAUUAUAUGGUCAUAUUGUAAUGGGUACCCAAUCCGAAAAAAAUGGAUUUUACUGCACCAGAAAAUAG